UUCUCAAUCAUUAAUCUAAAUGAAUCAUUGUAACCAUGAUGUAGGAAUACAUUUCUAUACAUAUGCAUGUGGUUCUGGGUGAGUUCACGUGUACAAAUAUGUAGAGGAAAAAAAAAUACAUUCUAUAUAUAUAACCAUAUAUCUCCUUAAGAUACUAUUUAGUUAUGGUAAAGGAUCACAUCAAAGUCAAGGUGAGUUUAUUUUGUAUUCUUUUUGCCUGUUUUUGAUUGACCUUUAUAAUGCAGUAUUAAAAAUGUGAGACUCAAUGUGGUUCUCGUGGUUUAGUGUUCUGUUUCUUGUGCUGUGAGCUCUUUGUGUCUCCUGGGUGUGAUACUAAUAGCUGUUCUCUGUCGGAGGCAUUGCACAGCACACUGUAACGCAGGCUCGGCACUUUCACAUGGCAAUCUGCAGUGCAAGCAGGCAUUUUAAAAUCAGACCUGCCUUUUCAACUGCUACGUACAGGAUUCGGGAUUUUAAAUGAUCCCUUAACCCAAAUAUAAUGUCAUCUUCGUAUUAAACUAGUCUAGUCUUGUUGAGUCUUCAACAUGCUGUCCUUCAUGGCAGAUCUUCUUACUUAGUGUCUGGUAGUGUGUUUUUUUUAUUUUAUUUAUUAUUAUUUUUUUUUUUCGAUAGGUCAUUAAUAAUAAUAAUAAUAAUAAUAAUAAUAAUAAUAAUUGAGAUGACACGGAUCCCUUCUCCCCGAUUAUCAGACUGCCAACAGUCCUCAGAACAAUGUGGAAAAAUUGAAUUGCUAGCUUUUUAUUUCUGAAAGACCCUCUUUGUUAUGAAUUAAGUUGUAACACCUGACUACUACCACAAAGGAAAGUGAACGAUACCAGAGAUGCCCUGGUGCGCUGGGCUGCUGUGUGUCUAGGCAGGAUAGCAGCAAGUGCACAUUCCCCAGUGUGGCAACGAUAUUCCUUAACGGCUGCUCUUCAUCUACUCAUGAGUUUCAGGUGGGAAAAAACACUCCCACAGGGAUGCUGAGCCAUGCUACUUCUGACUUUGAUUUAGUUCUGUUAAAACAUGUACCGCCCUCCUGAAUUGCAGACGUUAGCCACGAUGCCCUACACAUGGAAUUCUAGUUAACAAAAAGUCGUAAGUGUGUGUUUUUUUUGUUUGUUUGUUUUGUUUCUUCCAGGCUUCAAGAUGGAUUUGCUGUAUGUUCUGUAAUACACAGCCUGAAGGAUCAGAGAAGCAGAGCUCUUGUGUUUUUGCAUGACCACGCCUGCAGCAGGGAUGGACCGGGCUGAUGCAUUGAGGAUGGAGAGCCUGUAUCCAGAACUUGUUUCACUGACCGCUGAGCCAGAACUCCUGGGCCAGGGGGUGGCAGGGGCCGGGCCCCUCUCCCUACUGUCUGUGCUGAAGGAAGAGGAGGAGGAGGAGGAUGGAGGGGGCUUCGCUCUGCCAGAGCACAGCCUGCUCCACCCCCACAACACCUGUAUAUCUGAAAUGGACUGGAUGGGAGAAGAUAUGGACAUUCACCUCCUGGACACCCUCAUAGAGGACACUCCAGUGAUCUCUCCGGCUCUGUUGCGUGCGGUGGAGAGAACCUCGAAACUCCUCCCUGCUCCCCGGGGCCUCCUUGAAACAGAAGCCGAGGCGGCAUGUCUGGGCUUGUCCUCCACGACCGAUCAGGUGGCUCCCUACACCCCGCCUCUAUCCCCUCGUUUGCCCGGAGGAAUAGCAGGCAGCACCCCUGUGACUAAUUAUCCCAAUGACACUGCAGAACUAACAGGCAGCCAACUGCCUGAUACAGUGGAAAUCAAGGAGAUUCGGUCCAGUUCUUUAUUUCUGAUUCACGGUUUGCUGGUGCCUAUAAGAGACUCAAGUGUUCUUACACCAGAACCAGUAACAGUUACCCCUGUUGGGACAGAACCCUCCACUGAGACGGGAGGGAGCUUGUUGAAGCUUCAAAAUGUCGCUUCCGCCCGCUCUUCCCUGGGCAGAAAGUUUAAGAAGAAGGAACAGAAUAAAAAUGCAGCGACGAGGUACAGGCAGAAGAAGAGAGCCGAGAGAGGCUUGAUGGAAAGUGAGUGUUGUGAGCUGGAGAGCAGGAAUCGGGAGCUGAGAGAGAGGACGGACUCCAUAGAAAGCGAGAUCCAGUGUCUGAAAGAGUUGCUGGAGGAGAUUCAGAAAACAAGGACUAGCCGGGAGAGUGUGGGGGCGCCUGCUCCUGCAAACCAGACUGGGCAUCAGAAAGCGCCUGCGUGAAGAAGGGCUUUUUCUUAGGUUGAAAAAAACACUAAUUAGUGAAACUAUUGCUGCAUUGUCAUUAAGCACAAAGCUUAAAAAGGACUGUCUGUUGUCGUGGAGAAUGGUGUCAUUGCAGCAGUUCAUUCAAUUAUUAGUUUCAUUGAAUACUACAAUGUAAUUGUAGGCACUACACAGUCCUAUGAUAUUGCAUGCUAACACAAGCUUUAAAUGUGUAUAAUUAACAAAGACAUGUUCUAGAAUGCGAUCUUUCAUCUCUCAUAGUGCAGAGCAGGUGCAGCCAAUAAGUUGAAAAGGUUUUGAUAGAUAAAGGUAUCCAGUGCCUAAGCAGCAGGGGGGAUGGUAUAAUUGAGAUGAAAUAUCUCUGGGAACUAAAAAUAUUUCAUAUGGUUCCAGUAGGUACACAAGACUGGUUGUCUGUGUCAGCAGUGGCACUAUAACGGUAUGUACAGCUCUAAAAAUCAAGAACACUGCUUUGAUGUUUAAGAAAUGUAAGCACAUCUGGGAAGAGGAUGGGCAAUAAAAACUCCUCUGAAACAAAA